GUAGGCGGGGAGGCGUACAUAAACCCCGACGCAGGAGGCGGGGCUGCUCAGUCCUCGAGGCGUCGGUGCUCUGUGGUGUUGGAAUCUUGUUGCUUGUCGGCCUGUGCGCGCGUGCGCGAACAUGGCCUCAAACGACUAUACCCAACAAGCAACCCAAAGCUAUGGGGCCUACCCCACCCAGCCUGGGCAGGGCUAUUCCCAGCAGAGCAGUCAGCCCUAUGGACAGCAGAGUUACAGUGGUUAUGGCCAGUCAGACACUUCAGGCUAUGGCCAGAGCAGCUAUGGUGGUUCUUACGGACAGACCCAGAACACAGGCUAUGGCACUCAGUCAGCUCCCCAGGGAUAUGGCUCAACCAGUGGCUAUGGCAGUAGCCAGAGUUCUCAGUCAUCUUAUGGGCAACAGUCCUCUUAUCCUGGCUAUGGCCAGCAGCCAGCUCCUAGCAGCACCUCGGGAAGUUAUGGUGGUGGCUCUCAGAGCAGCGGCUACGGGCAGCCCCAAAGUGGGGGCUAUGGCCAGCAGUCUGGCUAUAGUGGACAGCAGCAAGGCUAUGGACAGCAGCAAAGCUCCUAUAAUCCCCCUCAAGGCUAUGGACAGCAGAACCAGUACAACAGUAGCAGUGGAGGUGGUGGCGGAGGGGGUGGUGGAGGUAACUAUGGCCAAGAUCAGUCCUCCAUGAGUGGUGGCGGCGGCGGUUAUGGCAAUCAGGACCAGAGCGGUGGUGGCGGUGGCUACGGGGGAGGCCAGCAGGACCGUGGGGGCCGCGGCCGGGGCGGCCAGCAGGACCGUGGGGGCCGCGGCCGGGGCGGUGGCGGUGGUUACAACCGCAGCAGCGGUGGCUAUGAACCCAGAGGUCGUGGAGGUGGCCGUGGAGGCAGAGGCGGCAUGGGAGACUUGAGCCCUCGGGACCAAGGAUCACGUCAUGACUCUGAACAGGAUAAUUCAGACAACAACACCAUCUUCGUGCAAGGCUUGGGUGAAAAUGUUACAAUUGAGUCUGUGGCUGAUUACUUCAAGCAGAUUGGUAUUAUUAAGACAAAUAAGAAAACAGGACAGCCCAUGAUUAAUCUGUACACAGACAGGGAAACAGGCAAGCUGAAGGGAGAGGCAACAGUGUCGUUUGAUGACCCACCUUCUGCUAAAGCAGCUAUCGACUGGUUUGAUGGUAAAGAAUUCUCUGGGAAUCCCAUCAAGGUCUCCUUUGCUACUCGGCGAGCAGACUUUAAUCGGGGCGGUGGCAAUGGUCGUGGAGGCCGAGGGCGAGGAGGACCCAUGGGCCGUGGAGGCUAUGGAGGUGGUGGCAGUGGUGGCGGUGGCCGGGGAGGAUUCCCUAGUGGAGGUGGUGGUGGCGGCGGCCAGCAGCGAGCUGGUGACUGGAAGUGUCCUAAUCCUAUAUGUGAGAACAUGAACUUCUCUUGGAGGAAUGAAUGCAACCAAUGUAAGGCCCCUAAACCAGAUGGCCCAGGAGGGGGACCAGGAGGCUCUCAUAUGGGGGGUAACUAUGGAGAUGAUCGUCGUGGUGGCAGAGGAGGCUACGAUCGGGGUGGCUACCGAGGCCGAGGCGGGGACCGUGGGGGCUUCCGAGGGGGCCGGGGUGGUGGGGACAGAGGUGGCUUUGGCCCUGGCAAGAUGGACUCCAGGGGUGAGCACAGACAGGAUCGCAGGGAGAGGCCGUAUUAGCUUGGCUCCUGAGGUUCUGCAGCAGCUUUUCUUCUUGUACCCAGUGUUACCCUCAUUAUUUUGUAACCUUCCAACUCCUGAUCACCCACGGGUUUUUUGUGUCGGACUAUGUAAUUGUAACCAUACCUCUGGUUCCCAUUAAAAACCAUCGUUUUAGUUAAA